GCCAAGGCUUUUCAGCAGAAUGUACAGCGCAGGAACAAGCAACGGCGAAGAUUGAGAUGCUACCAUACCAUCAUGAUGCAUUGGCGGACUGACGGGUGGCUUGUGGUGGAUCAGGAUGGCGCGUCUCUUGGCGGCGAUCAGCCGGCGAUGAUGUGUAGCGAAGCGAGGUUUUGAGAGGCUGCUACAUAUGGAUGGACGGGAUAUAUAGAGCAGAUGAGAAUUCACGCAUUGAUGAAAGAAGACAAAGACCUCACCCCUCCGCGAUUCGAUCACCCACACAAGCAUGCAUCUCCAAAUCCUCUCCCUCAUCGCCGCAGCGACGACUCUCGUCUCCGCAGCUCCCACAGCACAAGGAGACAUCCCAUCAUUCCUCGAGUCCCGCGCCGACACAUCCUACGGGACGACCUGGAACGACAAAUACAUCGACAAGCCCCAAGGUUUCCAAAUCCGCGUCGCCGGCAGCGCCUGCGACUUCCAGCUCGUCUACGAACGUGAUCCAUAUGAUAACCGGCACGAUGUCUAUUACAUAGCGGAGUACGCCGACGGCUCUUCUGUCCAAGUCCGCGGAAUCUCAGGAGGACUGGCCCGUGAUCGGGUCUGGCAGGUUGAAGGCUAUGCCGAUGGCCGUGGCCCACAGGUCGUUUUCUUUCCGAGUAUCUGCAAGAAUGGCGUGGCGCCGCGGACGUUCCGGGCGAAUUUCGCGCUGAGGGAUGGGUUUACUUAUAAAAACCGCUACACAACCGGUUCCUUCGGAAUUUCCACCGGCGGUCUUCCCGACCCCGUAAGCAACAUCCGCGUCGCUGCCCAAGAGAAGACUAGCACUGUGACCUGGACUCCUGUAUCCGGCGCCACCGGCUACGUCGUGCUCAUGGAAUGGAUGGUAUACAACAGCGAGGUCGGUGCGCCUCUGCCCGUAUAUGUAGCGCGUGAGGUCGUGGGCGGAGGUUCGUCGUCGUUCACCUUUUCGAGGAAAUUGACGCGUGUGGUGGUCGUUGCUAUCUCUGGCGCUGGGGGCACGAUUGGCAGUGGCGCGAAGCAGUUCACUGCGCUGAACCGCUUUGGUGAUGUUUACCCUUGAGAGGGCUUGGAUCGAUCGUUGGCGUAGGCGAAUUCUCUUUUGGUUACAGAUGAAAUCAUGCGUUGAUGAACAUCAGCUUCUGCUUGUCAUUCGAUAGCUGCGGCCUUCGAGUCGAUCGAAUAAAUAGAAAGUGAAUUUCAAAUGCCCGA